AUGGCAUCUGCUAGGGGAAGAAGGAGAUCCCAGCAGGGAAGGAGAUCCCAGAAGGAAAGGAGAAGCCAGCACAGAAGGAAACAGAAGAGCCGUGGCAGGAGAUCUCCGGCCAAGCAGAGGAAGCAUCGGGGCCAAGCAAAGCGUCAACCUGCGGAGAAGCAGAGGAAAAGGACUCCAAAACGCUCUGUCCGGUCCAUCAACACCAAGACGCUCAACAAGAUCAAGCAAGACAGUCGGUUCCUCUCCCAGCAGGCAAAGGGGCUCAUAAUGAACUUCAUGGAGGACAUCUACAAGCUGGUGUCGAGUGAGGCCGAGCGGCUGCGGAAGGAGAGCCAGGAUCCCCUCAUCAGCCCCGCACACAUCAAAGCCGCCCUGCAGCGCGUGGUGCCGAAGAGGAGGUGGAAGCACGUCUCCACCGUGGUCUCGAGAAGCAGGCACUAG